AUGGAUGCAAAAGAUUCGGGAGAUGGCAAGCAAAAUACUGCUGACAUGACACAGUUUGUUCAAAACCUUCUCACGCAAAUGCAAACCAGAUUCCAAACAAUAUGGAUUUUGAAUGAUGACCUUAACAACAAUGUACUCGAUGAGAUGGGUGAAAGGAUAAGCGAGUUGGAGCAGAGUAUUAAUGAUCUUAGGGCAGAGAUGGGAGCUGAGGGCACUCAACCUCCUCCAUCACCUUCAAAGAAGGAUGGUUCUGCUGCAUAA